CAUGAUCUAAAACAUCUGCAAUUUUAUUCAUAAAAUAAACAGAAAAUGGGGAAAAAUCUGAGAAAAAUUCCAGCUGCUUUCUCUCCGAUUUUUUUCACCGCCCAUGACAUGCUUUACUACACUCCCGUGCAUCUCUUGUUCCUGCUUACCACGAGAUGAAAAUACCCCUGCUGCUUUCCAGCCUUUCGUAAGUACUAUAUGGAGAAAUGGUCAAAAGAACAAAUAAAAGGUGAAUGCGAUAGGAAAAGAGAGGUUCUCCUGAUAUUUUUCUUCUUCGGCUGCCUUAUCCUCUUCUUCUUCCAGCCAUCGUCUACAUCCAUCGCUGGAUUUUUUUUCCCCUGCGCCGCUCAUCUGCUGUUCUUAUCCCAUGCCGCCGUUCGCUGGCCGCGUGUACUCUGGGGUCGUCGUGCUGGCCGCCUCCCUCGUCUUCUCCUCAGGCCCGCCCGCGCUCUCCCUGCCUUCUGCACGCGCGCAGCUCGCCCCAGAUCCUCCCAGCCAUGACGCGCGCUUCCCUGUGCCCCGCGUUCCUUCUCUGCACUGCUUCCUCUGCUCCAUCUUCAAGCACGCCGCGCUCCAAAUCGCCUGCUGUUCCUCUUCCCCAGCCAUGGCCGCGCCUGGCUCGCCGGCGUUCAGGCCGCGGCUUCCUCCUCCAACUCCGGUCGGCCAAGAGCCUAGCUGCCCCCUUGCUUCUCUCCCUCCAUUUCCCAGCAGCGCCCUGUCCCUGUCGAAGCCCUUCUAUGGCGCGCGUGGAUUUCUCCUCCUCCAUCCCCAGCUAGCCUGCGAGCUCCUCCCUCCUCCCUGCAUCCAUGGAUCUCGGCGCCCAUCUCCAUGGCUCGCCCUGCGUCCAGCCGUCGCGCCCGGUUCCGAGUCCCUUUCCUGGCCGAGUUCCCUGCUCCAUCUCUGCCCUCUGCCGGCGCUCCAGCUCCUCCAUCCAUGGCCAUGCCUGCUGCUCGUCGGUGCUCGCCGCGGGAGACGGCGCUUGGUCGCCCAACCUUCCUGCUCCUCCCUGUUGUCGUGUCCCUGGCUCCUGCUCCACUCGUUGCGUGCGCCUGCGCGCUGCCCAGAUGGCCGUCUGUCCUUCCGUGUCACGCCUAGCUCCAGCUCGGUCUCUGCUCGAUGCCCAGCGUCGCGCAGCACGGCUCGGCCCGACGGCAUAGAGUGUCUCGUCAUCGCCGGACUUGUCUCGCCGACCAUCGUGGCGUUGUUAUUUCCUGCUACGCCGUGACAUCGUCGAGCUCCGGUGUUUAGUGUCGAGGUCGCUGCGUCGUUGUCGCUCUGACUUCCGUGUCCUCGCGCGGUAUGCGGCGGUCGUGUUCACAUCCGCGGCAUCAGCAUCCCCAUCGCCGUUGAACUCCCAGACAUGUUCCUCUCUGUUCGCUUGUCCUCAGUUCCGGUCUGAUCUCGCGCGCGUCAUUUUGAAACUCUGCGCGUUCGUCGUGUCGCGAUGUGUGCCGAUAUUCUCUACCGGUAGACCUCGCCAUCAACCAAGUUCAAGUAAUUGCUGGCCCCUCAGACCCGGCCAUUGUUUGCCGCGGAACCACUGUCGGAUUAAUUUUUAGCUUCCCUCGCGCGGCUCUUUGGAGAUAAUCUCCUCACCGGCUGUCGCUCCCAAUCUUCAGCUCAUCGACUCACCGUCGUGUUUCUUGUUCUCCCUCGUCGGUCGGCCUCGCCGUGGCUAAGUAUGUCUGCCGUGCUAUGUGCUUCGGUCUUUGGUCGCUGCCUCUUGCUCACCAUCCCCUAUUCGAUCUCGUCGUCAAGCUUCGCCUCAGCCUUAGCUCGUCGGUCACGCUCGUCAGAUGUGCGACCGAGGACUUCAGCUGAAGGCCGUCGUCAGGCAACUACCAAGUCGAGUUGUGAUGUGGUGCGAUAAUUAAUCACGUCAUGCGGAAGAUGACUCAAGUCGACCCCAAGCGCGGAUUACUCCGCAUGGAGAUGCUGAUGAACGAACCUGCCUGAUCAAGUGUUAGGACAAGGAUGAUCGUCAAGUGAUCGACGUCUAACAAACACUAACCUAGUGUUUCUUCCAGGCAAGUCCUGGUGCAUUUGCCCCUUCCUUGUGUUUUAAAUGCUUUUUCACCUUAUCUGAUGCAUUAGGUGAUAGGAGUUGUGUGAUAAACAAUUGAUGCAUUACCAUUCCUUGGAAACUCCUUAAUCCCAGUUUUAUAAAAAGAACUGAUAAUGCUUAGCCCUGCUUAGAAACUGAAAAAUCAUUUGUUUUCAAAAAGAAUGAUUGUGGAACAUUGGUUAUGGGCCUUUCGUUUCAAAAAUCAAAGCAAACUUAUGGUGAUGAUUCCACUUCGGCCGGAGUGGGUUCAUCAUUCGGAAAAGAGUACCCCUGUCGGGUACCAAAAAUGGGGAAAAUGGUUUGAAUACAUCUAGACCAGACGCUGAGCGGACGUGGUCGCCCGUCUGUGUCGAUUAAGGACCGUUCAAUGUAGGCAUGUUGUGGUGGAGACCUUGCAACUAGCCACAUGCUCCGGUAAGCCUGAACCCGGCUAUUCCAUACGUGAAAAGACAACUGCGCACUGGGCGUGGGAGAUGGUGGGAGUAGCGUGUACCCUCCUGGCUAGAGGCUGGAUGGAGGAGUACUGUGCUCCCGGGUAGCGCGGACCGGUUCACGUUGUGGAGGAUCUGUGGGAACGGUUGACAUAUGCAAGGGUUAAGUGCUACAUAUGUCGUGUGGUUAGGGAUCCCCAGCUGGGUAUAAUCGGUUCGAAUCGUCGUUGCUCCUCGGUCAUGGAGACUCUACCCUCCGACCACUCAUCGUAGUUGACAAGUGAAAUAUGAAUUGGCUAAAAGAAAGCUAGACCAGGACAAGUGGAUGCUCUAGAUUAAGCAUAUCUAGAUUCAGGAAAAAUACUAAACUUGUGAAGUAAAAUUUUGGCAUAAGGAUUUACUACUAGUAAGCUCUUCUGCAAAACAGAGUCUUUGAUUCUUGAUAAGCCACACCUUGAAUCCCUCUAACCAGCAUACCCUUGAGAGUCUUUUCUUUAGUCGGGUAAGUCUUGCUGAGUAAUUCCAUACUCAGGGUUUUAUUCCCUGUUGUUUUUCAGGUUAUAGUUUUGUGCUGCUGUUGAUGGUGUUAAGUGCCGGUGGGCUCAGCCUUCUUAUAAGUCUAAGUAAUUCUUCUAUACUUCUUAUUGAGGAUGGUCACAUGAGCUAGCAUAUAUUUCAAACUUACAAAUAAUUUAUAACAUCUCAAAGUUAUUCCUUUGAACCACUUUUGUAAUCACUCUGAUAAAUACAAUAAACUUGUUGUAACUUGUAAAAUUUGGUAAUAAGAUUUUCCGCUGCAA